AUGGGCGGUUUCCAGCAGCCCGGCAAAGUGGAAAUCCCCAGAGACGGUCGUAUUGACCCCACCCGGGUAUUCCUGAAUAUCCCGUCGACGGAUCAGCUGCGUGAAAACCUGCUGUACUACAGCUCGGGCACGCACGUUGCUGGAAUCAACAGCACUCAGGCCGCGUACACCCGUGACUACUUUGAGCAGCAAGGCAUCGAAUCCAAGAUCGUCGAGUACUUCCCAUGGCUGAACUACCCUGUCGACCAGCAAGUCACGUUGUUCAACGAGACAACGCAGGGGAUCGUAUUCGAAGCCGGGCUCAAGGAGAACGUGGUCCCGGGCGAUCCCCUUUCAGAGGAUCCCAACAAUCUACCGGCGUUCCAUGGCUACUCGGCCGACGGCAACGUCACUGGGCAGCUAGUGUACGCCAACUAUGGCAGACUGGAGGACUUUAAGGCGCUUAAGGAUGCGGGAAUCAGCGUUGUCGACAGGAUUGUGCUGGUUCGCUACGGCUACAUAUUCCGCGGCGUGAAGGUCCACAUUGCUGAGCUCAACGGCGCCAAGGGUGUGCUUAUAUAUUCGGACCCUGCUGACGACGGGUAUUCCAAGGGCAAGGUCUAUCCAGCAGGGCCAUGGCGCCCCGAGUCUUCCAUUCAGCGUGGCUCAGUGAUGCGGCUUCAAGUGUACCCUGGCGACCCGCUGACUCCAGGGUACGCAGCAACCAAGGAUGCGCCACGCAUUGACCCUAAAGACGCAAAAAACCUUAACCACAUCCCGUCGCUGCCGCUGUCCUACCGCGACGCCGAGCCACUGCUUUGCGCGCUGCAGGGCCAUGGCAGGAACGCGUCGGAGGUGGACAGCGGCUGGAUCGGUGGGCUGACGUCAAAGGGCGUCGAGUACUGGACUGGCCCCAGCAAGCUCAGUGUCAACCUGCUCAACAAGAUUGAGUAUAAAACUAGGGCAAUUCAGAACGUCAUUGGGCGCAUCAAGGGCAGCGAGAACUCCGAGCACACAGUCAUCGUCGGCAACCACCGCGACGCGUGGUGUUCCGGUGCGUCUGAUCCCUCCUCCGGGUCGGCUGCGCUGUUGGAGCUGGCGCGCGCCUUGGGUGAACUGAUGAAGCUUGGCUGGCGCCCUCGCCGCACGAUUAUUCUUGCUUCGUGGGACGCCGAGGAGUACGGCUUGGUCGGGUCGACAGAGUGGGUUGAGGAUAAUAUCGACUGGGUGCGCACCAAUGCCGUUGCGUACAUCAAUGUCGACAGUGCUGUGGGCGGCGGCGACUUCAAGACCGAAGCAUCGCCUGCAUUUGAACAGCUUUUGUACGACGUGACCAAACAAGUGCCAUACCCGCACUCAAACGGGUCCGUCUACGACGCCUGGCUGCAGCAGUCCUUGGCCAGUGCAGAGCUCACAAACCAGGCUGCUGACGACUACACAGACAUGGCCGACGUGGCCGACGCACUCAAGUCGCCGACCCCGCUCAUACGCCCGCUGGGAUCAGGCAGCGACUACACCGCUUUUAUGGCGCAUGCCGGAGUGUCCUCUCUGUCCAUGGGCUUUAGCGGCAGAUCGGGCGCGUACCACUCGAACUAUGACAGCCCCAAGCGACUGACCACCUUCAUCGACCCCGACAUGCAACUGCACCAGGCGAUGGUGCGCGUGUGGGGGCUAGUGGCGAUCAAGUUAGCCGACGACCCUGUCAUCCGCCUUAGCCCGGUCAACUACGCCAAGACGCUGCGGCGCUACAUCAGGCAGCUCGAGGGCCACGUGGCACAAAAUGGCGCGAUUGCAGCUGCUUCCAAGAUCCACCAUCUGCGCGCGGCCCAACGCCAGCUCUUGAGCAGCGCCCGCGCAAUCGAGCGCGAAAAGGCGCAUCUGCGUGCGGUCUAUGGCGAGGACUGCCAAAUGGGCAGCCGCCGCCGCCACACAAGCUGCAUCAAGCUCCGCAGCUCCAUCAACGACCGCGCAUUCAGCCUGGAGCGCCACUUCACUGAGCCGGAGGGCAUCCCCAACCGCGAGUGGUUCAAGCACGUACUCGUGGCUCCUGGGCGCUGGGAGGGCUAUGGCGCGCAGGUGUUCCCUGCUCUCGCCGAGGCAGCUGAGGACGGCGACUGGAAGCGGUUCCAGCUGUAUUCCAAGCGCACUGUCGAGACGAUCUACGAGGCAGCGUGGUUUUUGCGCGAGGUCUAG